UAGAGUAGAUUAGUAAAAACAGAGGGGGCUAACAGGAGCAACUCCCCGGAGCCUAAAUCAAUUUUCGGCAGUACGGCGGCGGCAUAAACUGCAGUCAUGGAGACCUCAAAAAACAUGAAAAAAUCAAUAUCAUCAAAUAAUAAUAAAAUAUCAGUUGAACAAUUUGUCUCCAAAAUGAACCCCCUUAUCGAUAUGGAAAAGGAAGCUGAGAUAUCUGCAUCAAUGAGCUCUGGUGCUAAUCGAAAUUUGGAUUCUGCUUCCAAGAGAGGAUCUACCAUUCUUAAUUUGAAAUGUGUAGAUGUUGAGACGGGGUUGAUGGGCAAAAGUCUUGUUGAACUUCAAUCGAACAAAGGGGAUGUGCUACCGGCUCACAAGUUUGGGACUCAUGAUGUUGUUGUUCUCAAACCAAACAAGGCUGAUUUAGGGUCUCCCGCUCUUGGACAGGGUGUUGUUUAUCGACUGAAGGAUUCAUCAAUCACCAUUGCUUUUGAUGAUAUCCCAGAAGAAGGUUUAAAUAGUUCUCUACGCAUCGAGAAAGUGGCGAAUGAGGUGACAUACCGCAGAAUGAAGGACACAUUGAUACAAUUAAGUAAAGGAAUUCAAAGGGGUCCUGCUUCAGACUUGGUUCCUGUAUUAUUUGGAGAGAGAUCUCCCACGGUAGUGAAAAAAGAGGUCUCGUUUAUUCCGUUCAAUAAAAACCUUGAUCACUCUCAGAAAGAUGCUAUUAGAAAAGCCUUGUCAUCAAAAGACGUCUUUCUACUGCAUGGACCUCCUGGAACAGGAAAGACGACGACUGUGGUGGAAAUUAUUUUACAUGAAGUGAAACGUGGAUCAAAGAUUCUUGCUUGUGCUGCCUCUAAUAUUGCUGUUGAUAACAUCGUUGAACGACUUGUUCCUCACAGAGUAAAGUUAGUGAGAGUGGGACAUCCUGCACGGCUGCUACCCCAAGUAUUAGAGAGCGCUCUUGAUGCACAAGUGUUACGUGGCGAUAACAGUUCUCUUGCAAAUGACAUUAGGAAAGAAAUGAAGGCAUUGAAUGGUAAAUUGUUGAAAACUAAAGAUAGAAACACAAAGAGGGAUAUCCGCAAGGAACUCAGGAUGCUUUCCAAAGAAGAGCGCAAGAGGCAGCAACUGGCUGUGACAGAUGUAAUAAAAAAUGCAGAUGUUGUUCUAACCACUCUCACAGGUUCAUUAACAAGAAAAUUAGAUGGCACUUCGUUUGAUCUUGUGAUAAUUGACGAAGCUGCUCAAGCACUUGAAGUAGCUUGCUGGAUUGCUCUACUAAAGGGUUCAAGGUGCAUACUUUCUGGGGAUCAUCUUCAACUUCCUCCAACAAUCCAGAGUGUUGAAGCGGAGAAGAAAGGAUUGGGAAAGACUCUCUUCGAACGCCUUGCAGACUUGUAUGGUGAUGAAGUCAUGUCUAUGCUCACUGUUCAGUAUCGCAUGCAUGAACUAAUAAUGAACUGGUCAUCGAAAGAGCUAUACCACAGUAAGAUUAAAGCGCAUGCAAGUGUUGCUGGACAUACAUUACAUGAGCUCGAGGGUGUAGAAAAGUCUUCCUCAGCGGAGCCUACUCUUGUUCUCAUAGACAUAGCAGGCUGUGACAUGGAAGAAAAGAAGGAUGAAGAAGAAAGCACAUUAAAUGAAGGUGAAGCUGAAAUUGCUAUAGCACAUGCAAAAAGACUGAUUAGAAGUGGAGUGCCUGCUUCUGAUAUUGGAAUAAUUACUCCUUACUCAGCACAGGUUGUUUUAUUAAGAAUGCUGAGAACCAAUGAUGACAAGUUAAAAGAUCUUGAAAUCUCGACCGUGGAUGGUUUCCAGGGCCGGGAAAAGGAAGCCAUCAUCAUAUCAAUGGUUAGGUCAAACACAAAGAAAGAGGUUGGAUUUUUGAGUGAUCGCAGACGUAUGAAUGUUGCCGUAACACGGGCAAGGAGACAGUGUUGCCUUAUAUGCGACACUGAUACCGUGAAAAGCGACUCGUUCUUGAAACGUUUGGUUGAAUAUUUUGAAGAACAUGCAGAGUAUUUGAGUGGUUCGGAGUAUGCAAAUGAAUGAAUGAGAUUAACUUUCUAGAUUUUUGGUUCCAGAUAUGCAUGGUUCAAGCUUCAAACCAUGAGCAUUAAUUUUCUCUUGCAGUUCUAGAACAGUGUACUAUAAUUGUGCUCAUGUACUGAACUACUGAUAUACCGAUCCCAUAUCGACAAUCUUAUUGAUUUCUAGAAACUUAAACGAUGAUUUAACAAAGUA